AUUUACCAGAUUAUUCAAUUUCAAUAUUACGAUGGACAUUUUUUAACUAAAGAAAUUCAGUUGGAGGAAUAUAAUUUGACAUCACCUCUAACUUGUGCAACUGCUCUAAGAAUAUAUUCUAGAGAUCCCUAUUUAAAGGCUUAUCAGGCUGAGGAGGGAGAAGCCAUAGUGAUAAUAUCAGGACAUUAGAAUGGAGCGGUGAUUUUGUGGGAGAACUUUGAGAGGAUGGAUUUGAUGACCACAUAUAAGGAUCAGAUAGUGUGCAUAACCAGUUAUCAAUUUGGGAUAAUAAUUGGGACGGAUGCCAGUACUAUCCAUUUGUGGGAUUUCAAAUUCAAGAAUAAUAUAAAGAAUAUAGAUUUGACAGCAUUUAGUUUCAAAUUGUUUAGUUAUGUUAUAAGUGACAUAGUGGUGGCAGGUGAUAAAUUAUUGGUGGCUUCAACAGAAGGAGAUGUAGUGGAGAUCUUUUUACAACAGAAACAAGAACACUCUAGCAAUUCAUUUGUGAAUAAAUUAAGAGCAAAUAGGAUCAAUUAUAUCAUUCAAUUGAGUGGAACCUUGUAGGCAUUGUGUAUAUUGGAGAGACCAGACAGUGACGACAAAUUGGUAUUUUGUGCAGGAUCAUAAUCAACAGUGUAUGGAUUCUCAUUGGAGACUCAUGAAAUUGUGGAUGUGUGGACUAUUGGAGAUUAGAUAUCAUCGAUGGAUUGUAUUAAUUUUGAAGAUGGAGGAGCAGUGUUUGCAUUAGGAACAGUAUCAGGCAAAGUGUAUUUGAGAUUGGAUUGGGAAGAAUCACCUAGAUGGUAUGAUUGCAAACAUUAAGUGAAUGAUUUGAAAUUUUCAUCAGAUACUUCUUGUUUAGUCUGUGCAGUUUAGGAUGCAUUUGUUUAUGUGUUCUUUUUGAACAACACAUCAUAUUUUUAGACUGCUCCAAAGAAGAUCCAUUUUGAAGGGGAGUUUUCCAAUAUGUUUGGAUUUCGUGGAUGA